GCCCCUGGGCGCGCCAUGCGCAGCACCACGCUACUGGCACUGCUGGCGCUGGUCCUGCUCUAUUUGGUGUCCGGUGCCCUGGUGUUCCAGGCCCUGGAGCAGCCGCACGAGCAGCAGGCCCAGAGGGAGCUGGGGGAGGUCCGAGAGAAGUUCCUGAGGGCGCAUCCAUGUGUGAGCGACCAGGACCUAGGGCUCUUCAUCCAGGAAGUGGCUGAUGCCCUGGGAGGGGGUGCGAACCCUGAAAUCAACUCAACCAGUCACAGCAACUACUCAGCCUGGGACCUGGGCAGUGCCUUCUUUUUUUCAGGCACCAUCAUCACCACCAUCGGCUACGGCAAUGCGGCCCUGCGAACAGAUGCUGGGCGCCUCUUCUGCAUCUUUUAUGCACUGGUGGGGAUCCCGCUGUUCGGGAUGCUGCUGGCAGGGGUCGGGGACCGGCUGGGCUCCUCCCUGCGCCGUGGCAUCGGUCACAUAGAAGCCAUCUUCCUGAAGUGGCACGUGCCCAAGGAGCUGGUGCGAAUUCUGUCAGCGGUGCUCUUCCUGCUGAUUGGCUGCCUGCUCUUCGUCCUCGCCCCCACCUUUGUGUUCUGCUACGUGGAGGGCUGGAGCAAGCUCGAGGCCAUCUACUUCGUCGUCGUGACACUCACCACGGUGGGGUUCGGGGACUAUGUGGCCGGCGCCAGCACCAGCCAGAACUCUGCAGUCUAUCAGCCGCUGGUGUGGUUCUGGAUUCUGUUCGGCCUGGCCUACUUUGCUUCGGUGCUCACCACCAUAGGGAACUGGCUGCGAGCAGUGUCCCGCCGCACUCGGGCAGAGAUGGGCGGCUUCACGGCGCAGGCGGCCAGCUGGACCGGAACAGUGACGGCGCGGGUGACCCAGCGAGGCGGCCCCGCCGCACCGCUGCCGCCGGAGAAGGAGCAGCCACUUUUGCCUCCACCGCCGUGCACGGCCCAGCCUGCGGGCAGGCCCCCAUCCCCUGCGCCCCCCGAGAAGGCCCAGCCGCCUUCCCCGCCCACGGCCUCCGCGCUGGAUUACCCCAGCGAGAAUCUGGCCUUCAUCGACGAGUCCUCGGACACGCAGAGCGAGCGCGGCUGCGCGCUGCCCCUCCCGCCACGGGGUCGCCGCCGCCCCCACAACCCCGCCAGGAAGCCCCCUAGACCCCGGGGCCCCGGAAGCCCACGGGACAAAAACGCACCCGUGUAG